UGCAUUUUCAGGGGCCAAGUCAGUUGACGACGGACGCAGGAGACGAGCAUGUCGAUCUCGCAGUUCUACAUCCUGAGCAGCCGCGGCGACACGGUGCUUGCGAACGACUUCCGCGGUGACAUCCCAUCCGACAGCAGCGAGAUCUUCUUCCGGAAGGUCAAGUUCUGGGACAAGGGCGACGCGCCGCCGGCCUUCCACGUCGACGGCGUCAACUACCUGUUUGUCAAGAAGAAUGGCCUCUACUUUGUGGCCACGACGCGCUUCAACGUCUCGCCGGCCUACAUCCUCGAGCUCCUCACGCGCCUCUGCCGCGUCUUCAAGGACUACUGCGGCGUGCUCUCGGAGGAGACGCUGCGCAAGAACUUUAUCUUGUGCUACGAGCUCUUGGACGAGACGCUUGACUUUGGCUUUGCGCAGGACACGAGCACGGAGGGCCUCAAGGUCCACGUGCACAACGAAGCCAUCCUCGUUGGCGAGGCCGCGCUCGCGAAGGACCAAAAGUUCAACUCGAUGAUGAACCGCCACUCGAACAUCAAGGCCGCGAACGCGGUCCGGAAGCCCGUCGCGAACGGCCAGCAGACCAACAAGAAGAGCGAGAACGAGCUCUUCUGCGACAUCCUCGAGCGCCUCAAUGUGGUCUUCUCGUCGAGCGGGCAAAUGCUCAACGCGAGCAUUGAAGGCAAGAUCCAGAUGAAGUCGUACCUCCAGGGCAACCCGGAACUCCGGCUCGCCCUCAACGAGGACCUCGUCAUUGGCGCCGGCAACCACCGCCCGUUUGGCAACACAUACAACCAAGUGAUUCUGGACGACUGCAACUUCCACGAGUGCGUCCAGCUCGACGAGUUUGAGCGCGACCGCGUGUUGACGUUUACGCCGCCCGAUGGCGAGUUUACGGUCAUGAACUACCGCUUGACGGGCGAUUUCCGCUCGCCGUUCAAGAUCUUCCCGUACGUCGAGGAAGUGUCGCCGACCAAGAUUGAGAUGGUCGUGAAGGUGCGCGCCGACAUGCCCGACACCAACUACGGCGCCAACGUCAUCAUUCGCUUUCCGGUGCCGUCGUCGACGGUCAGCGUGUCGUGCGACCUCGGCAACAACGGCGCGGGCCAGCUCGCCGAGUUUCGCGAGAACGAAAACCAAGUGCGCUGGGCCAUCAAGCGCUUCAACGGCACGGCCGAGUUUACGCUGCGCGCCAAGAUUACGCUCAAGGAGCCCAACCCGCACGUGCGCCGUGAGAUUGGCCCGAUCUCGAUGAACUUUGAGAUCCCCAUGUACAACGUCUCGACGCUCCAAGUGCGCUACCUCCGCAUCCCGGAGCACGCCCGGCACCCGAAUUAUGUAUACAAGCGCUGGCUCCGCUACGUGACGCAGUCCAACUCGUACGUCUGCCGCGUCUAAGUUGCGAAAAUGCAAGCCGUUUUGCCACGUG